AUGUCAAAAUUCCCCCUGAGAUCAUUCGGCGGUCUCCGUCCCUCCGCUGCCAUCAGCGCCGCCAAUAUCUCCUUGACAUCUCAACAAUCAGCCAGAACUCUUUGUGUCUCAGCUGCUUCUGCAACUAAACCAACAAUCCUAGUCGCUCCAACAUCUAAACCCUUCUCAAAUCUCCGCAAUGUUCGGCAAUAUAGUUCGGGCAAUUUGCCCACUCACAAACGCGUCGCAUUGCCAGCUCUCUCACCAACAAUGGAAUUGGGAACUGUUGUUAGCUGGCAGAAAAAGGAGGGAGAUCAAUUGAGUGAAGGAGAUUUGCUAUGUGAAAUUGAGACAGAUAAAGCUACGAUGGGUUUUGAAACACCGGAGGAGGGUUAUCUUGCGAAGAUUUUGAUUCAAGAGGGAUCUAAGGAUGUUCCGAUUGGUAAACUUCUUUGUAUUAUCGUUGAAUCGGAAGGCGAUGUUGCCGCUUUCAAAGAUUUCAAGGACGAUGGAGCAGCCCCUGCGGCUUCCGCUCCGGCGGCUGCAGCUCCAGCACCAGCAGCAGCUGCUCCCACCCCAGCUCCAGUUCAAUUCCAAGCUCCUCCAACCCUAGCCCCAUCGAUCCCUCCACCUGUACCAACAUCAGGAAGAGUCGCAGCUUCACCAUUCGCCAAAAAAUUGGCAGCCGAGCAGGGUUUGGAUCUCAGUGGAGUUGCUGGAAGUGGACCAGGUGGACGGGUUUUGGCUUCGGAUUUGGCGCAGGCGCCAGCUAAAGGAGCUGCACCACAAGCAUCUGCAGGCGCAGCGGUUUCUGGACAGGAUUAUACUGUGAGUUCGGCUAACUCAUGCAUUUUCUUAUAGUAUAUUUUGAUUUUUUGUAGGAUAUUCCAUUGACGAAUAUGCGAAAAACGAUUGCGAAACGUCUCACUGAAAGCAAAUCCACAAUUCCACAUUAUUAUUUGACUAGCGAAAUUCAAUUGGACACACUUCUUCAGUGAGAUUUUUUGGGGGGUGGUUUUCGAGGUCUAGGAGCUGGAAAAGUGCUCAAAAACAAACAUUUUCGUGAAAAAUCUGAUUUUUUGGUCUAGAAGGGGGAAAAUCGCUUCAGGACCAAGUUUUACUUGAAAAAAAAAUCGAUUUUCUCGGUCUAGACGGCGGAAAUUCACUCCAAGACCAAAUUUUCAUGAAACAUCUGAUUUUUCUGGUCUAAAGCAUGUAAAACCGUUCCCAAACCUAAUUUUCCAUAAAAAAUCUAAUUCUUUUCGGUUUUGAAGGUGGAAAAUCAUUCCGGGACCUAUUUUUUGUGAAAAAAUCUUUUCUUUACUGGUCUAGGAGCUGGAAAUUCACUUCAGGACCUAAUUUUUGAUGAAAAAUCGAUUUUUUCGGUUUUGAAGGUGGAAAAUCAUUCCGGGACCUAUUUUUUUGUGAAAAAGUCGAUUUUUUUGGUCAUGGAGCAGGAAAAUUAGCUCCAAGACCGAAUGUUUCAUAAAAAAUAUAUUUUUUUCGGUUUUGGAGCUAGAAAAUCGCUCCAAGACCUGGUUUUUCAUGUGAAAAUUUAUUUUUAAGUUCUGGGAGCAUGAAAAUUGCUGAAAAACCAAAUUUUUCGUUGAAAAUCUGAUUUUUUUGGUCUAGAAGGCGGAAAUUCGUUUCAAGACUCAUUUUUCAUAGGAAAAAUCGAUUUUUUUGGUCUAAGAGCUGGAAAAUUGCUCAAAAACCAAAUUUUUCUAUGCUAGGGGCGAAAAAAUCGCGUCAAGACCUUAUUUUCCGGCCCUUGACUCUAAAAAUUGCUUCAAAACUCAAUUUCUUUGUCCGAAACUUCAGAAAUCGCUUCCAAAGUCUAUUUUUCGGUUCAGGAGACCAAAAAAUCUAUGCGAGAGUCAAUUUUUCAUAAAAAAUCCCACUGGGAUCAUCAAUAAUCCCCCAGGGCCCAAAUUUUCAUCAGAAACCGAUUUUUUUCGGUCCAGGACUCGAAAAAAAACAUCAAAGAUCCAAUUUAACAUCAAAACUUCCAGAGUUCGCGAAAAAUUGAAUGGAUUGUUGGCCAAAGGCACAUCCGGAAACGCCACAAAAAUCUCCAUCAACGAUUUCAUCAUCAAAGCGUCAGCUUUAGCCUGUCAACGAGUUCCAGAAGCCAACAGCUAUUGGAUGGAUUCAUUCAUCCGCGAGAAUCAUCAUGUCGAUGUUUCAGUCGCUGUCAGCACACCAGCCGGUUUGAUCACCCCAAUCAUCUUCAAUGCCCACGCUAAAGGUCUCGCCACAAUCGCCUCCGAAAUUGUCGAAUUGGCUCAGCGAGCACGCGAAGGAAAAUUGCAACCACACGAAUUCCAAGGUGGCACAUUCACCGUGUCGAAUUUGGGCAUGUUUGGAAGUGUCAGCGAUUUCACCGCCAUUAUCAAUCCACCACAAUCGUGUAUUUUGGCGAUUGGUGGAGCGCAGGAUAAAUUGGUACCUGAUGAGAAUGAGGGGUGAGUGGGCUCCUCCACGUGUGCAAAUAUUUGCACAUUUUUGAGUUUUCAAAAAAAAAACGCUGAAGGAAAACUAACUUUUUAUUUUUUAUUUAUUUAAUUUAUAAUUUUUUAUUAAUUUUCAAUUAAUUCUUAUUAUUUUAUUCCGAAUCCAAAUUUUCAGAUACAAAAAGGUGAAAACACUGAAAGUCACACUAUCCUGCGAUCAUCGAACAGUCGACGGAGCAGUCGGAGCCGUCUGGCUUCGUCACUUCAAAGAGUUCCUCGAGAAGCCGCACACCAUGUUGCUCUAA